AUGAACCGCUACGUGACCUUAGGCCAAUUGGGCGACGGGACCUAUGGGUCUGUGGUUUUGGGCCAAAGAAAGGACACCGGCGAAAGGGUGGCCAUCAAGAGGAUGAAGAGGAAAUAUUAUUCCUGGGAAGAGGCCAUGAACUUGAGAGAAGUCAAGUCCCUUAAAAAAUUAUCACAUGCAAAUGUGGUGAAACUGAAGGAAGUAAUUCGAGAAAACGAUGUCCUUUACUUCGUCUUUGAAUAUAUGAAAGAAAAUUUAUAUCAACUUAUAAAAGAUCGGGACAAACAUUUUCCUGAACACGUCAUCAGGGAUAUGAUGAUGCAGGUUCUACAAGGUUUGGCAUUCAUGCACAGGCACGGAUUUUUUCAUAGAGACAUGAAACCAGAGAAUUUGCUUUGUAUGGGCCCAGAAUUGAUUAAAAUCGCUGAUUUUGGCCUGGCCAGAGAAAUACGGUCCAGGCCUCCUUAUACUGAUUAUGUGUCGACAAGAUGGUAUCGUGCACCAGAAGUUCUACUCCAUUCUACGACCUACAAUAGUGCAAUAGAUUUAUGGGCAGUGGGUUGCAUAAUGGCAGAGUUGUACACUUUUAGACCACUGUUUCCUGGUAAUAGUGAAGUUGAUGAAAUUUAUAAAAUUUGUGCUGUUCUUGGAACCCCGGAAAAGGCUGAUUGGCCAGAAGGCCACAUAUUAGCAUCAGCAAUGCACUUUCGGUUCCCUGUAUUCCCAAGAGUUCCCCUAUCAAGUGUAGUUCCAGGAGCAGGAAACCAAGGGCUAAGAUUAAUGGAAGAUUUGCUAAUGUGGAAUCCUGCCAAAAGGCCGACUGCUUUGCAAUCACUCAGGUAUCCAUACUUCCAAGGAGCCACCAAACCCAUAAACCACGGCCUGGUGGUCAAACCAAAACCCCUAAUUCAACAGCAACAAUUGCCGCCCUUGGAACCAAAGGACAUUUCACCGGAUACAACAAUAAACAAUAACAUAUCGAGUAAUCUGGUGCAAGUGAACAACGAUACAACCACAAAUUCUUCAUCGGCAAUUUUGAAUCAAAAUCAAAAUAGGGUUGACAAGGUUGCGCCCUUGAAUAUAACAGGCAUCAGCACGAAUAGUUUUCUAAAUAUCAGUUUGGAUAGUUUGGGAAGCACUAUUAAUAUUUCCAAUGGAGGUGUCACAAAUGCCAAAAUAAAUGGAGUCACUUUUAAGCCGAACAAUUUGCAGCAGCAGAAUGUUUCGACGUUGUUCGGAGAUAAUAGGCAACAAAAAUCACUGUACACUGAAAAAUCGAAUCAAAUCGCACAAAAGCAUCACAAACCACAAGCUUUGAUCAAAUGGGGAUUUAAGGAUCCAGGAACCAUCAACGAGGAAGAUGAUCCUUUGGAUUCGAUAUUAGGGACUAAGAUAUCAGCUCCCCUGCAAAUAGAUCCUCUACCAGCCAGACAACAGAGUUAUAGGGAUAAUGAGAAUGUUUUGAACAAAUUGGGGUCCUUAAAAGGUAACAAUCCCUACAAAAACAAUACUUCGUAUGGUAUCCAAGAUAUUUUGCAACCCUUUACUUUGUCUGGAGUCGUCAGCAGUAGGCCUAGAGUUAGUGCAAAGCAGCAGUAUUUGUCUAGUUCCAGGUAUAUAACAGGCGUCCAGCAAAACAACCAGAAAUCUUCUAUUGACGAGUAUCAAAGCAACAAGCACAAAAACACGAACGAUCUCAGCAGCCUUUUCUAUCCGAGUCCCAAGAAUCCAAAACAGGAUCUGGAUUAUCCGACGAUCGACAGUUUGAAAAAUAUUUUCCAUACGAGUGCCAGGGAUAAAUAUUUGAGCCAGAGCAGAUAUAUUGCUGGCGACUCCAAUUCGCCACAAUAUAAAAUUAAUUUGAACAAUCAGCAGAGGAAUCGGCUGCAGCCUUUGAAUAAUGAUAAAUUAUCAAUUGGAAAUCAAUAUUUCACAACAUCGAACAAUCAGCCGAAUGGACGAAUAGAUUGGGCAGCAAAAUAUUUAAAAUAA